UUAAAAAAUUUACAUUGGAUUUCAGUGUUCAAAACAAUGGCUGGAAACUGUGAAUUAAAUCAAAUAAUAUGUUGCAAUAGUUCCAAAUACUUUCGUCGACCUAUUAUACCAUUUCUAGUACCCAAAACACAAGACACAAAUGCUCCCAUAUAUUUUAAUCAGGAUGUUCUGAAUAAUAUAGUACUAAAUACACAAAAACAAUGUUAUACAUUUUCAAAUAAAUUAGAGCUACAUAGAAAUGUGGGAACUCAAACAGAUUACAGAGAUAGCGAAUCACAAACUGUUCCUUGGGAACCAUCAUUCAAAAUUAAAUCAGGGCACAAUCCUGAAAUAUUAUCAAUAGCUCAUUUAACUUGGAAUCAUGGAUUACCAGCUGGAAUACACGAGAUAGAAAUUAUUAAUAGAAUGAGAACUAAAAGAGCAUGGGAAGCAGUUCUUCCUCCUAUGGAUACACCAGCAAACAUAAAAAAGCGAAAAACUAUAUUAACUAAGUUAGAGAUAGAAGAGUGGGCAUUUAGAGAAUCAGAGAUUCAAGCAAUACAGGAUUAUAGACUUGAACUUUUUAAAGAAAUAUCUAAACAGUUUGAGUCUGAAAAGCAAAGAAAAUUGCAAGAUCGUUUUGACAGACUGGAAAAAUGUUUAUUUACACGUAGAGAUAAAGAAAUAAGUGCUAUCAAAUAUAAUCUUCAACGAGAUCUGAGAAAAUUAUAUAGGAAACAUCAGCAAAAUCAGCAACCACAUAAACAUGAUCUUAUUAAAAGACAUGAUAAACUAUCAUCUGAAUUAGGUGCACCACAAAGAAAGCACGAAGUACUACAAAAAGAAUUAUUAGGAGAAAAUUAUAUUCAAAAUAUAGAUAAUAUAAAUACAUUACCGACACAUCUUCCAACACAUAAGGAAUUGAAAAUGAUAAAACCUAGACCAAAAUCAGCUGAUCUAUGUAUUAGAGAAACAAGAUGGACAGAAAAGAAACUGCAACAGUUACAUUCCGAUUUGAAAACAAUUAGAUUACAUGACGAGCGUGUAGAGACACCGACAUUAUUAAAACGCAAAUUUCGACAGCCAUCUCUUCCUCCUACUCCAUAUAGAACAAUUACAGAAAAUGUAAAAAAUAUGCGCAUAGAUCAAUUGUCUACUCUCAUUCAGAAAAUAGUUAGAGGGAGAGCUGUUCAAUGCAUGAUGUAUGAAGGUCGAAAUAGAUGUAGAGAAUUAAUUCAAGAACUACAGUCAUCUCAUGGACUGGAGCAGAAUACUAAAAGACAACAUCAGAAAGAGAAAGAGUGGAUGAUGAAUUUGCAGUAUAUGCAGAAUGAAAAAUCUAUGCAAGAAGAUCAUUUAAGCGAAGUUCUUAAUUCUUUAGAAGGAAUGACUAUCUCAGCAAUGUUAGAUUUUCUUAGUAAAGAACUCGUAAGACUGGAAGAUGAGCGUCGAAUACAUGCCAUCGCAUUAUUAGCUGAACGGGAAAGAUCUAUGAGAGAAGCAGCAGAAGCUGGAAGACGUCAGUUAGAAUACAAUCGUCGUCGAGAAUUCGAUGAAAUGUUCAGACAAACCAUGAAAGUUAAUCAAGAGUCUGUAGAAACAUAUUUAGAAGAUAUUAUAAAAGAAGGCGUUGAAUGGAUAUCUGAUGAAGCAGCCAAAGAAUAUAUUUUAGAAUUAUGCGAUAAAGUGGACUGUUUAUCAAAAUAUGCACAGGACAAUACAACAAGGUUAGCAGAAGAAGAAAUGAUAGCUAAUAUGAUCUACAACUUCAUAUUACCCGAAGUGGAAAAAAAUACUAUACGAAAAAAUAUAAGACAAAAGCAACAAGCCUAUUUACAAAAUGCGCAUGCAGCAAUAUAUAAGCAAAUAUUAGAUUUAUUACCUAUUGAAAAUACAAAUUAGUUUACUACAAUGUAUGAUAAAAUAAGACGAAAAUUGUUAAAUUAUCUUGUCAUUAUGUGCGUAUCUUCUUCUGACACGUGAAGCGCUUUAGUUUAUACAUAAUUUAAAAAAUCUUUAAAUAUUAAAAAUUAAAAUAUAUAUAUUUAGGUAUGAAUCUAUCACUUGGUAUUACAUCUUUUAUUAGAUUUAUUGUCACUAAUUUUACAAGCAAUUUUACAUGAUACUUAAAUUAGUAUCAAACGAAAUUUGUUCUGUAAAUUAAAUAUGUAUAAAGUUUUUGAGAUCUUAUAAAGUUUUAGUUAAUUUCUAUAUUUCAGUACUUAAAAUAAUACAUAAGUUACAUUAUUGUAUAUAAUAAUAUUUUUUAAUAC